AGCACCUUGUGCUUGCCUCCUGCAUCCCAGUAUAAAAGCCAGAGGCAGCUGUGGACGGAUGGGAGAUCUUCAUCACGGAUGUAACUGAGCUCAUGUUUCAGCACAAACGAGCAUGCUAAAGAUAAAAAUAGAAAAUAGUCACCAAAGAAGGAUGAAGAAAAACGUUUUUACCGACCUGUUGCUUUUACUCGUGGCUAGUGAUGCAGGCGCGUGGACUGUCAAAAAUGCGACUGAUACCCUUGCUGGAGCCAAUAGCACUAUUGAUAAAACUAAAGUGGAAGAUAACGGAUUGACAUCUUUACCCAAAUCAAGACCAAAACGUUUCAUUUCCCAGCAUGACAUGAUGGCUAUUCUGGACUACCACAACAUGGUCCGAGCAAAUGUUUUCCCACCUGCCGCCAACAUGGAGUACAUGGUUUGGGAUGAGGGCCUGGCCAGGUCGGCAGAAGCUUGGGCAGCAACCUGUAUUUGGGAACAUGGACCUUCAUAUCUUCUCCAAUACAUAGGUCAAAACCUCUCAGUUCGAACCGGCAAUUACCACUCCAUCAUUCAGCUGGUUAAACCGUGGUAUGAUGAAGUCAAAGAUUAUGCAUUUCCAUACCCACGUGACUGCAAUCCCCAGUGCCCCAUGCGCUGUUAUGGACCCAUGUGCACACAUUACACACAAAUGGUGUGGGGAUCAACAAACAGAGUUGGAUGUGCCAUUCAAACCUGUUACAAUAUGGUUGUGUGGGGCUCUGUGUGGAGGGAGGCAAUAUACUUGGUCUGCAAUUAUUCACCAAAGGGCAACUGGAUUGGUGAAGCACCUUAUAGAGUUGGUGUACCGUGCUCAGCCUGUCCUCCAAGCUAUGGGGGUUCAUGCAGCAACAACAUGUGCUUUCCUGCCAUCAACUCAAACUUUAUGUACUGGUUUAAAUAAGCUGGUAUGUUUAUAAUAACUUACUGUAUAAUAUAUAUGUGCCUUUUGUUCUGCAUAUGUCUGUCUUUUUGUUCAUGAUGAUGUAGAUUCCAGAUGGUGCUAAUGUUACAUUAUGCUCACAAACAGGUUAAUUAACUGGGUUAAUUCUCUACAGAUCACAUCUGUGCUGAUCACCAUGAGAUUAGAACAAUUUUGUUUUGUUUGGUGUAUUUAUUUGCUUGUUUUUUUUUUACAAUUCUUUACCAUCAAGGGUUUCAAAGGUGCUAAAUAACAUAUUUAAAGGUGUGUGUUUUAGCGGCAUCUAGCGGUGAGAUUGCGAAAUGCCCUUCAGAGGCAGCAUUCCAAGGCAGGAAGGCAUUAUAAAGGUGCAAGUUAACGUUUAUAAACCUUUAUAAAUAUCAUCAGAAAAUCGGAAUGGCACAUUUAUUCAAAGUCAGGUUCAAGGUGCUUGUAAUGAUAUCCUGUAUUUUGAUGUAUUUUCAGUAAUAUUUUGAUCACUAGUAAAGUUCUCAUUUGUGUUAUAUAUGUGUGUUUUACAUUGUAUCAUGAUAAAAUGGUUCAUGAUGAUGAUUAACUAAAAGUAUUGAACAUUUCUAGCAAAUAGUAGCAAUAUUGUUUUGUUCUUUUUUUAAUGAAAGACAGGUAACUUUGA